AUGAAGCACUGGGCAAAGGAUAUAGUUUCUUCUGCUGAUGGUGCGGAAGAAUUCGCGUAUCUGGUGAACCAAUGUUUCAUUCACUAUGGCACCGUGAUUUGGACAGGGAUUUGCCAGCAUAUACAAGAGCCAGAUGGCUUACAAACAAAUGAGUCUAAAGGCCCUUCAUAUUUGAGGAAGAAUGACUUUGUUACGAUCAAAUUACAGCCUCAGCAAUCAUCACAAGCGCAGGAGCCAACUCAGAUACCAUUAUCGACACCCUCUCCUUCGACCGAGUCACCGAGAACCUCAGUUCCCAAUGCCCCCGAUGACGAAAUUACCAAAUCAAUCUACAAGGCUUCAAAACACCGGCAGAGGGAGAAACAACUGGAUGAACAUGAAAAACACUUGCGCGAGACGAUUCAGGGAAUGAGAGUUGAACUUGAAGAACAAGACUCUGUGCUGGAGUUUGCCAGCAUCGUUGGCCUGGAACAACGGUCCACGACCGGAAUAUUAUUGUUUGGUCCUCAGGGAACUGGAAAGACGUUGGUCAUACGAAGCUUUGCUCGCCGGUACGGACUAGCACUUUACGAUGUUCGGGCUAGUGCAAUCAUGUCCAAGUUUGUGGGUGAAUCGGAAAAGUUCAUUCGAGCAUUAUUUUCUGAGGUUCGAGAGCAUGCACCAGCGAUCAUCCUGCUAGAUGAAUGCGAUGGUUUGCUGUGUGAUCCGGCCGCGGAUGCAAUGCAGUCACAUCAUUAUCGCCUUUUGCAGAACGAGCUGAAGAACCAGUGGAGUGACCUGAUGCAAUCGCGUGAUGAAGUGAUUGUUGUAGGAGCUACAAACAAGCCACACGAUAUCGACAUGGACGGGUUCGGUCGUCGGCUGUCACUAAAACUUCACGUUGACCUCCCUAGCGCUGAGGGCUGCGGGGCGAUUCUACAGGAAGCUCUCAGUUGCCUUCGAUAUCGACUCGAGGAAAGCGACUUUCCGGUCCUGGGCUUCCUAUGCCAUGAGAAAGGUCUCUCGGGCUAUGACAUCGGAGUGCUUGUUGAAGGGCUCCUCCGGCGAGCUAUACGAAAUAUCACGGUCUCCCAGAAUUUUCGCUGGAUUCCCUGGGAUGAUGGUCAUAUCAUUAUACCUUGUGCUGAGGGUGAGCCCGGUGCAACACCGGUUCAAUGGAAUAAACUUUCGAUCGAUGAGCCGGAGGCAAUCUCCUACCGCCCAUUUGUUUUCAGUGAGGUUGAAAAUGCCAUUUCCAGAGGGAAGCCGACAGUCGAUACCGCGAUGCGACGAAAACAUGCAGAAUUCGCGAGCCAAUACGCUACAAACUGA